AUGUCCGCGCUAUGCCUUGGACAAACGCGCGUGAAUUAUCGUGAGGGACAGAAACUGAUGACCUUGCUCAUCAACCUGCUUGUGGGUAUCAGCCAAUUCUUCACCAUAACAUUUCUGCUCGUUGGUUGGUUUUGGUCGAUGGCCUGGGGAGGCUUGCUGAUUAUCUACUCAAUGCAGUAUCGUGAUGCGCUGCGACAACGGCGUCAAGAAGCAAUUGCUACAGCAGCUCUGGAGGCACUGACACGAGAUACAAUUUUGCAUCGCCGUGAUGUGAAAACUUUGGUCACUGAACAUAAAGAAAAAUCAGAAACCAAAAAAGAAUCACAAAAUACGCAAAGUCCGUGA